AUGGCGCAACAGAAAUCGACAACACCUUCUUCUGCCUCGCUCCAACAAUUGCAAACCAACUCUCUGAUCAGUUUGCUGAAUUUGAACGAGACGACAACUACGACAACUGUAGAGAAAUCAGGAACAUCAACUCCCGCCGCCACUGGGCCAGCCGUUUGGAAAGUUCUCAUAUUGGACAAUAGGACUAAAGAUGUACUCGCAACUGUACUACGUGUUCAGGACCUCCGAGACAAUAUCAAACGGAUAGCAGAAGACUUGAGUGCUGGACUCUACGACUCGUAUCAUCUCUCAUUCGUGGAGCCACUUCCUAGAACCCUCCUAGAGGAGCUAGCGAAUCAAGUAGCCAAAGAUGGAACAAAUGACCUCAUAGAGCAGGUUUUGGAUCAAUACCUCUCCUUCCCUUCCGUACAAGGUGGCGAUUCCACAUCGCUUCCAACGGACUCCACCUCCUACUAUCUUCUCAAUGCACCAUCAACUACUGAGCAAGAUAUCGAAGCCGAAGUCGAUAGAAUCGCAAACGGACUCUUCUCUGUCGUAGUCACAUCUGGUCAAGUGCCUUAUAUUAGGA